ACGCUGACGCGGGCAGCCAGUCUGAAUGGCGAUGGUAACAGACUCGCAGCGCGGUGCGGACUUAGCGCAGCCCGACCUUAUAUCGCUUUGAAAAAUCAUCGCUAUAUCAAAUGAAACGGACGAGAACAGUUACCCCUAUGUAAAAUGGAGGAUAGUUUUGAUUGCGACUGUGGUGAGCUUGAGCCACCCGAUUGUUGAGGGCCAGACUACUCUGUGAAGACUAAAAGGCAAGACACCAUUUUGGAUGAACGGUGGUUUCAACAGGAAGAAGAUUUGAGUAAAUAUACAAAAAAAAAAAAAAAAAAGAGUUUAAAAUUGUAGUUCUUUUUGGCGCAAUAGUAAUCAAUGCAGCUACACAGGAUGAGUCUAUCACUGAAUGUAUCUGCACUGUGAGGAUGCAACAAGAUGCUGUUGUAGUUUUUGAAUUGGCCUCUUGAGUUCAUUCCAUUAUUGCUGGCUGUUAAACACUAUAAACGUUUAAAAACGGUUUAAUAACCGGAGAAGCGGCAAAAACAACCAACAAAAAAAAACAAAACAGAUUUUGAAAAAGUAAUUCAUAUUAGGCCUGGAAAAAGUUGCUCCAUUUGUCAAACAAACAUGACUUUCUACUCUGGAUGUGAGUCAAGAGCUGUGUGAUUCUGUGAGGGUUAGACAGGGGGAAACAGUAGUCUUCUGUAAGGGUUAUACCAUCCACAUUUCUAUUUUCACAAUGUUACACACCAGGCAAGACCUCCUAUAGCUUAUUACCAGUCAGUUUGUCCAUUUUUUUAUUGAACAACCCCCAAAGUCAAUCGCAAACUUAGUCAAAACACCAAAUCCAAGAUGGCGGAGAAGUUUGAGUCUCUGAUGAACAUCCACGGGUUUGACCUGGGCCCACGUUACAUGGACCUGAAGCCUCUGGGCUACGGAGGGAACGGCCUGGUGUUCUCAGCCAUCGACACGGACUGCGACAAACGAGUGGCGGUGAAGAAGAUCAUUCUGACGGAUCCUCAGAGCGUCAAACACGCCCUGAGAGAGAUCAAGAUCAUCAGGAGGCUGGACCACGACAACACCGUCAAGGUAUUUGAGACCCUUGGGCCCAGCGGUCGUCACCUAACAGAGGACAUAGUCUCUCUGACAGAGGUGAACUCUGUGUACAUCGUCCAGGAGUACAUGGAGACAGACCUGUGUCAGCUCCUGGAGAGGGGUCUACUCUCUGAGGAUCACGCCAGACUCUUCAUGUACCAGCUGCUGAGAGGCCUCAAGUACAUCCACUCUGCCAACGUACUGCACAGAGACCUGAAGCCUGCCAACUUGUUCGUCAACACAGAGGACCUGGUGCUGAAGAUAGGAGACUUUGGACUGGCCCGGAUCAUGGAUCCUCACUACUCACACAAGGGUCAUCUUUCUGAGGGCUUGGUGACUAAAUGGUACCGGUCUCCUCGCCUGCUGCUCUCUCCUAACAACUACACCAAGGCCAUUGACAUGUGGGCUGCCGGAUGCAUCUUCACCGAGAUGCUCACCGGGAAAACGCUCUUCGCAGGAGCCCAUGAACUGGAGCAGAUGCAGCUGAUCCUGGAGUCCAUCCCUGUGCUGAGAGAAGAGGACAGGCAGGAGUUACACAGUGUUAUCCCCGUCUUCAUACACGGUGACAUGUCCCAGCCGCACAACCCACUGGCCAAGCUACUGCCCGACGUCAGCCCACAGGCCCUGGAUUUCCUGCAAAAGAUCCUGACCUUUAACCCCAUGGACCGUCUGACAGCAGAAGAAGCCCUAGCCCACCCUUACAUGUCUGACUACUCCUUCCCCCUGGACGAACCCGUCUCGCUGCACCCCUUCCACAUAGAGGAUGAGGUGGAUGAUAUCUUACUGAUGGACCAGGGUCACAGCCACACCUGGGACAGGUACCGUGACAGCCAGCUUUCAGAAGGGGACUGGCACCUCCACACCCACAGCAUUCUGGACACUGACGAGGUACAGGUGGACCCUCGGGCUCUGUCUGACCAAACUGACGAGGAGGAGGUUCAGGUGGACCCUCGUAAGUAUGCAGACGGAGACCGGGAGUUCCUGGACGGUCCUUCAUACGGCUACUCCUCCCUCUUCACUCCCGAACGCUCGUGGCCCGACCCCGAUGACGAACACUUUGACCUUCACCACGAGAACAAGUACUGUGACCUGGAGUGUUCCCACACCUGUAACUACAAGGUGGUGUCUCCGUCCUACCUGGAUAACCUGAUCUGGAGGGACAGCGAGGUCAACCACUACUACGAGCCCAAGCUCAUUAUAGAUCUGUCCAACUGGAAGGAGCAGCAGAGUAAAGAGAAACAGGCUCAGGCUGCAGGCAGAGACAAGGAGCACAAGGCUCAGAAGAGCAAGUGUGAGAAGAACGGCCUGGUGAAGGCUCAGAUGGUUCUACAGGUAGAGAAGGGCCCGGUGGAGAAGGACUCCCAGCAAGAGAAGAACCAGACCCAGACUACUCAACAGAAUCAAGGCUUUGACUUUGACUCCUUCAUCGCCGGCACCAUCAAACUGAGCCUGCGAACUGAGCCCAGCGACGUGGGACUCCUGGGGGACGUGGGCCUCCUGAGCGAGGUGGGAGUGGGCCUCCUGAGCGAGGUGGGCCUCCUGAACGAGCUCAACUCGUCUGUGUACCAGCUGGAGGCUCCGCGGUCAGGCUCCAUGUCCAAAACCAUCAGCCAGGAGAAGGAGGAGAAGUGCCUGGUGAACUUUGCUCAGGUCAGCAUCACCGUGGGGACCGCUGGGCCUGGGGCGCGUCCCGCACACCCCUGGGAGAGCUUCGGAGGAGGGGAGAGGGUGGAGGAGCAGAGAGGUGGGUGUCUGAUGGACGGGGCGGGGCGCUGGGACGUUGGGAAAGAGGAGCAGCUCCAGAAGGACAGCUGCUACACCAGCUACCUGGACAGACUGUUCAGCAGGAAGGACGAGGGCAGCGGGGAGAGUGCUGCUAGCGCCGCCGACACCCCAGAACCUGAGCCCUCGGAUGUGGGAGUGGAGAGGGAACGGGACGAGGCGGGCUUCCUGGCGCGGAGUGGAGAAAUCAUGUUUAACAUGCAGCUGGACUCUCUGGCGCUGCCGGGAUUCGAUGCUACGACCGACGUGCCGCUCAAAUCCAUCCAGGCCUCCCUCGCUCCCUCCACGGUCAAAUGCUCGCCUCAGAUCGCCCACACAACCUACAGCAGCUUCUUCAAGCAUCUGAAUUAAAAAAACAAAUGAUCCAAUACCAUGUUCCUCACAGUGUAAGAUCUCUAGGCUGGUUCUGUUCUGUUGUCCUUGUAUUUGAUUUCAUUAUGAUAGUGAUGUUAUUUUACUUGAAUCAUUUCAUACCAGAUCGUAUGGCUCCUUUUUUUAAAUAUAAACUUUUAUUUGUAUUA